UAGGUCAGGGACGGAGGUGCCUGUUUACCCGCGCCGGACUCACCGCCGCCGCCGCCGCGGGAUCCGAGUGCGGGCGCGGGCGCGGGCGCUCCCGGCAAGCGACGCCCAUGACUGACUUCGUGCCGGCUACUCUGUAGCUGAUGAGCAAAUGGAUGCCAGUGAUGAAUGCAGCAGAAAGACUAACUCUUGCCAGCUGGUGCAUGUGGGGGAAUUUUAAAGACAGCCAAAGAGAUUGCUCUAGGUGGUGCUGCCUAGAGUACAUGCUUUUGGAUCCAAGCUUAACUUUUCAAAUGUGGAAUCCUAGGCCUUUGUUGGUUUUUGGAAGAAGUUGACUGCCUGAAAGGACAUUAUAAAACAUGAAAAUCACUUUGAGGUGACCCACAAGUCCAGCGACCCCUUACUCCUCCCAAGCUGGAUCGGAGGAUUAAGAACAAUAAUUUCAGAUGAGGGAACUUGGGCCCAGAGGGAGGGAGUGACAGCUCCAGUCACAUUGCGUGAAGUGGAGACCCCUGACUACAGGCAGGACACGACCUCUUCACCCUGGUUUGAAGUUGGAGCACCUUGCAAGAGCAUCCAAUGGCAGACCAGAGAAUGGACAUUUCCUCAACAAUCAGUGACUUCAUGUCCCCGGGCCCCACCGACCUGCUCUCCAGCUCCCUUGGCAGCAGCGGCGUGGAUUGCAACCGCAAACGGAAGGGCAGCUCCGCCGACUACCAAGAAAGCAUGGACACAGACAAAGAAGACCCUCAUGGAAGGUUAGAAUACACAGAGCACCAAGGAAGGAUCAAAAAUGCCAGGGAAGCCCACAGUCAGAUUGAAAAGAGGCGUCGGGAUAAAAUGAACAGUUUUAUUGAUGAAUUGGCUUCUUUGGUACCAACGUGCAACGCGAUGUCCAGGAAAUUAGAUAAACUUACUGUGCUGAGGAUGGCUGUUCAGCACAUGAAAACAUUAAGAGGUGCCACCAAUCCAUAUACAGAAGCAAACUACAAACCAACUUUUCUGUCAGAUGAUGAAUUGAAACACCUCAUUCUCAGGGCAGCAGAUGGAUUUUUGUUUGUCGUAGGAUGUGACCGAGGGAAGAUACUCUUUGUCUCAGAAUCUGUCUUCAAGAUCCUCAACUAUAGCCAGAAUGAUCUGAUUGGUCAGAGUUUGUUUGACUACCUGCAUCCUAAAGAUAUCGCCAAAGUCAAGGAGCAGCUCUCCUCAUCCGACACCGCACCCCGGGAGCGGCUCAUAGAUGCAAAAACUGGACUUCCAGUUAAAACAGAUAUAACCCCUGGGCCAUCCCGAUUAUGUUCUGGAGCACGACGUUCUUUCUUCUGUAGGAUGAAGUGUAAUAGGCCUUCAGUAAAGGUUGAAGACAAGGACUUCCCCUCCACCUGCUCAAAGAAAAAAGCAGAUCGAAAAAGCUUCUGCACAAUCCACAGUACAGGCUAUUUGAAAAGUUGGCCACCCACAAAGAUGGGGCUGGACGAAGACAACGAACCAGACAAUGAGGGGUGUAACCUCAGCUGCCUUGUCGCAAUCGGACGACUGCAUUCUCAUGUGGUUCCACAACCGGCGAAUGGGGAAAUCAGGGUGAAAUCAAUGGAAUAUGUUUCUCGGCACGCAAUAGAUGGGAAGUUUGUUUUUGUAGACCAGAGGGCAACAGCUAUUUUGGCAUAUUUACCACAAGAACUUCUAGGCACAUCAUGUUAUGAGUAUUUUCACCAAGAUGACAUAGGACAUCUUGCAGAAUGUCAUAGGCAAGUUUUACAGACAAGAGAAAAGAUUACAACUAAUUGCUACAAGUUUAAAAUCAAAGAUGGUUCUUUCAUCACACUACGGAGUCGAUGGUUCAGUUUCAUGAACCCUUGGACCAAGGAAGUAGAAUAUAUUGUUUCAACCAACACUGUUGUUUUAGCCAAUGUCCUGGAAGGCGGAGACCCAAGCUUCCCCCAGCUCACAGCGUCCCCCCACAGCAUGGACAGCAUGCUGCCCUCUGGAGAAGGUGGCCCAAAGAGGACCCACCCCACUGUUCCAGGGAUUCCAGGGGGAACCAGGGCUGGAGCAGGAAAAAUAGGUCGAAUGAUUGCUGAGGAAAUCAUGGAAAUCCACAGGAUAAGAGGAUCAUCGCCUUCCAGCUGUGGCUCUAGCCCAUUGAAUAUCACAAGUACACCUCCCCCUGAUACCUCCUCUCCAGGAGGCAAGAAGAUUUUAAAUGGAGGGACUCCAGACAUUCCUUCCAGUGGCCUACUACCAGGGCAGGCUCAGGAGAACCCAGGUUAUCCAUAUUCUGACAGUUCUUCUAUUCUUGGUGAGAAUCCCCACAUAGGCAUAGACAUGAUAGACAACGACCAAGGAUCAAGUAGUCCCAGUAAUGAUGAAGCAGCAAUGGCUGUCAUCAUGAGCCUCCUGGAAGCAGAUGCUGGGCUAGGUGGUCCUGUUGACUUUAGCGACUUGCCAUGGCCGCUGUAAACACUAAAUGUUGCUUUGGCAACAGCUACAGAAUCAAAGUGCAUUACUGGUGGAGUUUUACAGUCUGUGAAGCUUACUGGAUAAGGAGAGAAUAGCUUUUAUGUAUGGACUUCAUAAAAGCCAUCUCAGAGCCAUUGAUACAAGUCAAUCUUACUAUGUGUAACUUCAGACAAAGUGGAACUAAGCCUGCUCCAGUGUUUCCUCAUCAUUGAUUAUUGGGCUAGCUGUGAAUAGCUUGCAUUAACUGUAUAUUUUGGAUUCUGUUUGUGUUGAAUUUUUUAAUCAUUGUGCACAGAAGCAUCAUUGGUAGCUUUUAUAUGCAAAUGGUCAUUUCAGAUGUAUGGUGUUUUUACACUACAAAGAAGUCCCCCAUGUGGAUAUUUCUUAUAUUAAUUGUAUCAUAAAGCCGUUUAUUCUUCCUUGUAAGAAUCCUUUACUAUAAAUAUGGGUUAAAGUAUAAUGU